AAGAAACGAAGCACUUCGUCCUGGUGUGUGUGUGUUGUUUGUGAGUGUGUAUAUAAUGGCUUUGUAGCUGGAAAGCAUCUCCCAGUCAGACCAGUCUUUCCAGUUUGCUUGAGAACACGCAACACAUACAGACAGAGAGAGAGAGAGAGAGAGAGAGAGAGAGAGAGAGAUCAGCUCCUCCACACUGAUCCGGAGGAAUAAAUGGAGCAAUAAUUCUAUACAAAACAACCUAAAGGAUUCAGAGAAGAUAGUUUGAUAUCGUGUGUAGUCUGUCAGGAUGAGCACUCGGCAGCGAGCUGACUCCCAGGAUUCUCUGGAGCAGCCGAAUGAUGAGGUAGUGCCCUACAGUGACGAUGAGACGGACGAUGAGUUAGAAGAUGAGCUGGAUCAAAGUCAUGACCAACUUCCUGCAGAACCGGGAGAAGAACCCCGACCGGCGGCCGCUAGCGUUGAGGCCGGUUGGAGCGUCCGAGCGAAUGACAGGGAAUACUGCCAACGGCCAGAGUUUCAGAAGAAAGUCUUUCUCUGCAUCAAGAAGAGCAAAUACUCUGGAAAUGCCAUCAAGACGUACAAAUACAACGCCAUCACUUUCCUCCCGCUGAACAUGUACGAGCAGUUUAAAAGAGCGGCCAACCUCUACUUCCUGUGUCUGCUGAUCCUGCAGAUCAUUCCUCAAAUCUCCACUUUACCCUGGUACACCACCCUGGUGCCUUUAGUGUUGGUGUUGGGCAUCACCGCCAUCAAAGACCUGGUGGAUGACCUGGCACGGCACAGAAUGGACAAUGAAAUCAAUAACAGGAAGUGUGACGUGCUGCUCAACGGCAGUUUUGUGGAGACCAGGUGGAUGCACAUACAAGUUGGCGACGUUGUCCGACUAAAGAAAAACGACUUUAUUCCUGCUGACAUCAUGCUGUUGUCCAGUUCAGACCCCAACAGUCUUUGCUACGUAGAGACAGCAGAACUCGACGGAGAGACGAAUCUGAAGUUUAAGAUGGGUCUGAAGGUGACAGACGAACGUCUUCAAGAGGAAAAUCAGAUGGCCAAAUUUAACGGGAUGAUAAUGUGCGAGGAGCCGAACAAUCGUCUGGAUAAGUUUGUGGGAACCAUGAUCUGGGACUCUCAGAGUUACCCGCUCGAUCUCGACAACAUGCUGCUCAGAGGCUGCAAGAUUCGCAACACAAACUUUUGUCACGGCCUGGUCAUAUUCGCAGGAAAUGACACAAAAAUCAUGAGGAACGGAGGAAAGACACGCUUCAAACGCACCCGGAUAGACAAACUCAUGAACUACAUGGUGUACACGAUCUUCGUGUUGUUGGUUUUGAUAUGCGCCGGUCUGGCCAUCGGACACACGUACUGGUACGAGAGCAUCGGGAGGAACUCCUGGUAUCUUUUCGACGGUCUGGACUACACUUCAUCUUACAGAGGGUUCCUCAGUUUCUGGGGUUACAUCAUCAUCCUCAACACCAUGGUCCCCAUCUCUCUUUACGUCAGUGUGGAGGUGAUCAGAUUGGGUCAGAGUAAGUUUAUAAACUGGGAUCUGCAGAUGUACUUCGCCGAUAAAGACACGCCGGCCAAAGCCAGAACCACCACCCUGAACGAACAGCUGGGUCAGAUCGAGUACAUCUUCUCUGAUAAAACCGGCACGCUCACACAGAAUAUCAUGGCCUUCAAGAAAUGCACCAUUGCUGGACAAACCUACGGUAAUCCCACUAAUUCAGAAGGCGUCUCUUUGGAUCGUGGAAAGCCUGUGGAUUUCAGCUGGAAUAAACACGCCGAUAAGAAUUUUCAGUUUAACGACCAUUUCCUCGUCGCCACAAUUCGUUCCAAGAAAGACCCACAAAUGUUAGAGUUCUUCAAACUUCUGUCUCUGUGUCACACAGUCAUGGUGGAGCAGAAAGAUGGUGAGCUGGUGUAUCAGGCCGCGUCGCCCGAUGAGGGCGCUCUGGUCACGGCCGCGCGGAACUUCGGCUUCGUGUUUUUGUCCAGAACUCAGGACACCAUCACCAUCAGUGAGAUGGGCGAGGAGGCCACGUACGAGAUGCUCGCUCUGCUCGACUUCAACAGCGACCGCAAGCGCAUGUCCAUCAUCUUGAGGUAUCCAGACGGCAAAAUCCGUCUAUACUGUAAGGGAGCGGACACGGUGAUCUAUCAGAGACUUGAUUCAAACUGCCAGCAUGUAGAGACGACUCAGGAAGCCCUGGAUAUCUUUGCCAACGAGACCCUGCGGACUCUGUGUCUUUGCUAUAAGGACAUCACUGAGGCGGAGUUUGACGCCUGGGCGCAGAAACAUAAGAUUGCCAGCGUUUCCAUGGGCAACCGUGAGGAAGCUCUGGACGUCGUGUACGAAGAGAUCGAGAAAAACCUUCUGCUGAUCGGUGCAACAGCCAUUGAAGAUAAACUUCAGGACGGUGUUCCAGAGACCAUCGCCAAACUGGCCAAAGCUGAUAUUAAGAUCUGGGUUCUGACUGGAGACAAGAAAGAGACGGCUGAAAACAUCGGCUACUCCUGCCAGCUGCUGACAGACGACAUGAAGAUCCACUAUGGAGAGGACGUGAAUCAACAGCUGAUGGAGAGGCAGGGCAAAAGACGCAACGACCCUCAAGGAAGGAACAAGAAGGGCAAAGAACCGUUUCUCAAAGAACCUGGCAAGAACGCGCUCGUCAUUACUGGAGGAUGGCUGAAUGAGAUUCUCUAUGAGAAGAAGAAGAAGCGUCGUCGUCUGCGUCUGAAGAAGCUCGGCAAGCGGUUCACCAAUUCCAACAACCCUCAGGACAGCAGCCAGCCCAUCGAUGACUGGGAGAAGGAGAAACGUCAGGAGGAUUUUGUAGACAUGGCGUGCGAGUGCACGGCGGUGAUCUGCUGUCGAGUGACGCCCAAACAGAAAGCCAACGUGGUCAGUCUGGUGAAGAAGUACAAGAGAGCCGUGACUCUGUCCAUCGGUGAUGGAGCGAAUGAUGUCAACAUGAUCAAGACUGCAGACAUUGGUGUGGGGAUAAGCGGUCAGGAGGGGAUGCAGGCGGUGAUGUCCAGCGAUUACGCGUUUGCUCAGUUCCGUUAUCUCGAGCGUCUUCUGCUGGUCCACGGACGCUGGUCCUACAUCCGCAUGUGCAAGUUCCUCCGUUACUUCUUCUACAAAAACUUCGCCUUCACCCUGGUGCACUUCUGGUUCUCUUUCUUCAAUGGAUUUUCCUCACAGACGGCCUACGAAGACUGGUUCAUCACCCUGUACAACGUUUUCUACAGCAGUCUGCCUGUUCUACUUGUUGGUCUUCUGGAUCAGGAUGUGAACGAUAAACUCAGUUCGCGCUUCCCGAAGCUGUAUCUUCCGGGUCAGCUGGGGGUGCUGUUCAACUACAAGACCUUCUUCAGUAGUUUGUUUCACGGAAUCUUCACCUCCCUCAUCAUCUUCUUCAUCCCGUACGGUGCUUUCCUGCAGACCAUGGGACAGGACGGGGAGGCGCCGUCAGAUUACCAAUCGUUCGCUGUGGUCGCGGCCUCGUCUCUCAUCAUCACCGUCAACCUGCAGAUCUCAUUGGAUACCUCUUACUGGACCUUCGUGAACUGUUUCGCUGUUCUGGGCAGUAUGGCUUUAUACUUUGGCAUCAUGUUUGACCUCCACAGUGCAGGAAUCCACGUCAUUUUUCCGUCGACUUUCACUUUCACAGGUGCGGCAGCAAACGCUCUCAGACAGCCGUACCUGUGGCUCACCAUCAUUCUGACUGUGGGCAUCUGUCUCCUGCCUGUCAUCUGCAUUCAGUUCCUCUGUCAAACCAUCUGGCCAUCUGUGGGAGACCAGAUUCAGAGGAACAGGAAAAAAUAUGAGGUUGAAGAUGAAGAAGAGGAAAGAAAGAAGAGAAAGCCGACAUUCCAGCGUGGCGGACGAUCCCGCCGCUCAGCGUACGCCUUCUCGCACUCCACCGGUUACGCCGACCUCAUCUCGACGGGUCGCAGCAUACGCCAGCGCCCGCGCGUUCGCCCCGAACUCAGAGACAGCAUUCGAGAGGUCCCACAGGCCGAGAACAUCUAAGAAAGACACGGCCUGCUCGAGCUGUGUUCUGAAUGCACUCCUAACUCACUACCUGCUUACCUGUCAAAACUGAAUGUGUUUGAACCAUGUGCCUUUGACCAAUCAGAUCUGAGCGGCCCACUGGAAUAGGUGAAUGAGAAGUGGCAUUGUGUCAUUUAAAGGGGAGGGGUUUAACAGAAGAGCCAAUGGGAGAUGGGGAAUGUGUUUAAAGGGGAAGUACAAGUAAACACUCACCGAUGACCAGAACUGGUUUUUAGGUUGUGCGUUGCGUACGACAAAUUGUUUAUCUCAGGUUUUUAUGUCGUCUUUUAUGGAGUCAGUGGUUGGGACCUUGAUUUACUUUUUGCACAUGUACUAUUAAGGGUCCUUUGUGAGAUUGAAUGUUAAACUGUGUGUUUGUGUGUGUCCUCUUCAAACCCACCAACAAUGAAAGAAACAUGAAUGACGCCGAUGAGACUCUUUAGAUUCACGUACGUUUAAGUGAACGUGUAUAUCUGUAAAUGUGAACAUUGUAAGGAAUUAUCAUCUUGAUCUCACUGAAUCUUACAAACCCCACUAAGACUUUUCCUCCUCACGGUUUAAGCGUUUCAGGGUAUUGGUUACUUGUUUUACAUGAUGUUCCUUACGGGUAACCGUUACACUUUACAGGACAAUGAAUGCGGUAAAGCUUCAUGUUUACAUUAACUCUACAAAUGUCAUGUUUCUUGAGACCUCCAUUAUCAGUGGUGACCGUUUCAGCUCAGUUUUUUUAAGAAAUCUCCCUGAAGGUCAAGCAGUCUGUGAUGUCUUCCUUGACUAAUAUACGAUAUGCGAGUUGUUUUAAAUGGGUGGUCUUGCCUUCAGCCAUUGAUGCAAAACAGUCGACUGUAAUGAAAGGAAGUCAUAAUGAUGUAAAUCUCGUUCCUCUUCAUCAUGGAAUUAGACUCAUAUCUGCACUUUGCUACAGGGACUUUGUAGGGUGGAGAUCUCUUUCUCAUUUUAACACUAGUUACAUGAAAACUGUUAAAUGGUUUUAUAUAACCUACCAUAAUAUAAUGUCAUAUAUGAGAAAACCCAUAUUUAUUAUGUUGGCUGACUGUCAAUGUUCGUAUUUAAUGAAACAAAACAUUUAAAAGGUAAAUCCAUCCAGCCAAAAAAGUGCCUUAGAAUUUGAGAAAUCUACCUUUAAGAAACUCUGUGGAUUCUCUGUAUCAUACUGUAAUAUACUUUGCAAAAAUGUCUAUAAAUAAAGAAUAAGAUUUCA